AUGAAGAUGGGCUACAUGAAGACGAUUUCUAAUCGUCUGACCGGUAACUCGGACACCAGUAGCCUGAUGAAGGGAUUUACCGUAAACAGACUGGACCACUUUGUUAUAACUGUGAAAGAUGUUGCCAAGACAACAGAAUUUUACUCAAGGGUAUUGGGGAUGAUUGUGAAGAACUCGUCUAAUGGCAUCAAAGAACUUCAUUUUGGGGAUCAGAAGAUCAACGUGCAUGACGUUGGUGGAGGACUUUACCCCAAACCCAAGAGACCCACCCCUGGAUCUACCGACGUCUGCUUCAACACCGACACAAAUCUCAAUGAGGUGAUCAAGCAUCUCAAGAACUGCAACGUUCCUGUUAUAGCUGGUCCUAUGUCGGUACCAGGCGCACGAGGACGAAUGACGUCAGUUUAUUUUCUAGACCCAGACGACAACUUGAUUGAAGUAGCAAAUUAUUCCAAAUAA